AUGUCCCCUUCUGAUGUCAAGAAGGACACCGAGGCCGCCAGCGAGUUCGACAUGGCCACCGAAGCCAACAUGGGUGUCACCCCAAACAUGACCACCCCCGAGGCUGCAACUGCCUCCGCUGUCGAGCAGCAACCAACGAACCCCCAUGUGAAUGAUCUGCUUGAGGUAAUAGCCACCAGUGCCAGCGAAGCGGUCUCUAACGAAGUAAUCAAGAGCGAUGAAGCGCCAGACACUACCAAACGGGUCAGUAUCGCCGGACAGGUCAACAUUACGGGAAAGGUCAAUCUCACCGCUCAGAUCGACCCGAGCGGACGGGUCACCAUCAUCGGAAAGAUCAACCUGGAUGGACUGACCAAUCUGGAAGGAAUGGCCGCGUUGAACGGACAGGUGAAAUUGAGCGGGGAAGCCGACAUCACCGGACAAGUUGUCGUAAGUCUGCCCGAUAUGGUCGCCCGCGACGCGGUGGUCGUCGCGCCAAUACCAAGGCCGCAACACGCUGACGCGUCUCUGUUCCAGCCGGCAAACUUGCUGCGCCGUCUGACGCCCGAGCUGAGAAAGCGCAUCUUCGACCUCGUCGUGGCUGAUGGCGUGCCAGGCGCGCCUCAUCCGAUCCGAGGCGAGGAGCAGUUCAUCCGUACGCUCAAGUUGCCCAAUAUCACCAUGGUCGAUCGGCAGACUCGCGACGAAGUCUUGGGACCCCUGCUGCAUGGCAAACAGUUCUCGGUGCAACUGCCUCGGGAUGAGGACAAGAUCUCGAGGCUGGAGUCGCUCCAGGAGCUGGUCAUGAACCGCCACCGCGGUCUGGGAUUCGAUUCUAAAGAAAUCCUGGAGGACAUGAAGGAGCACGCCAAAGCGACUGAGGAUGAGUUCCAUGAGUACCUCGCAAAAACACCGGAUCUGGACCUCUGCCCGUUUCCAUAUGUUGGAAGCCUGAUCGUCACUUACAACGGUCGCGUCAGACUCAAUGAGGGCUUCGAGAAUUGGCGAGGCCACCCGAAUGAGCGAAAGCAGCUCAACGGUGACGGCGGCCUCGACUGGAGGGACUUUCGCGGUGUCCGGAAGGCGUUUGUUGCCGCUCUCAUCAAGAACGAAGAUUGGUUCUCGUACGUCCCCUACAAUGACGUUCUGCUGCAUCCCAUGAUCCAACACCUUGUGAAGGCGCUCUGCAUGUUCGGCUCAAGCCAGAGUAAGCCGCUGCGUUGGGUGGAGGUCAUCGUCUUCGAGUUCAUCGAUAUCCCCACGGGUCUUGGUGUAGAGUGGUCUUACCUGAACUACGGCGAGGCUGUUUACCAGUCUGAGCCUGAUGAUGGUUUCGGAGGCUUUCCUGAUGGUCGGUUCAUGAGUGGUAGCGAGGACAGCCGGGAAAGCUGGGAGAAGGAGAGCAGCGCUGGAGAGGGCGAUGAGGAUGAUGAGAAUGAGGAUGAGAAGAGCUCAGAGGACGCUGACAACUCCGAGGAUGGUAACAGCUGUGAGGGGCAGGGCAACUCGGGCGACGACAAGUCUGAUGGUGACCACGUCGACCAAGAGGAGGUCGUCAAGGCCGAGGAGGAGGCUCGGGAGAAACCGGCUGGUGGUGACGAGAUGCAGGCCGACAAGGAGUCUGAGGGAAACCACAACUCCAAAUUUGAGUGUGAGGGCGCCUGA